AGAGACACUUCAAUUCGGUUCAUUUCACUUUACAGGUUUUCUGCUGGGAUUUAUCAGAAAUGUGUUUGAGAUGGAUAAAACUAGUUAUAAACGAAGAAGACUGAUAUUUAGAUAGUGAAAGUGGCAUAUUAUGUGUUGUUAAUUUACUGUAAAUUUGUAUUGUGUUGAAUGAUUGAUGUAACGACCAGUGUACGGCAAGAUGGACGAAUUGUCUAAGGGCAUGACACAAACAGGAAGCAUCGCCGCAACUGACAAAAUUCAAGAAAUUGAUGAUGGCGUAGUGCGUGUUCCGCGGCACGCAAGCCAAGUAUGCUAGCGUUGGUAGAGCAACUGCGGUCAUACCUCGGUGGAGGAUGCUCGUCGACGCCGAUAAUUUACUUAAAUGAGUCGUGUAUGGAAUGCGAGCGGGUGCGGGCUGCCUGCGAGCGGCUGGGUACAGUGGCGGCGGCGCCCAGCCCCGACGUGCUGCCGGCGCAGCCCCAGCCGCCACAGUCUCCGACCUACCUCAUCACAGCGCCCUUUGAUGGCGAACUCUUCGACGCGGCACACAGAGCAAAAUACAGGGUGCUGGGUCCGACGGCGGUGCUGCAGUUGGUCGAGCGCGACGAGCCGCCGCCCGCCAAUGCGCGGCCGCUCUACACGCUCUCCAUGCGCGGCGCCGUCAUAUGCUUCUCCGGAUUCCGAAAAAAAGAUGAGCUUACGAACCUAAUAACCUUGAUCCACUACAUGGGCGGGUCGAUCCGCAAGGACAUGUCGAGCAAGGUGACGCACCUGAUCGCGGCGGCGGCCACGGGAGAGAAGUACCGGUACGCCUCGGGCUUCGGGCUGCCGGUGCUGGCGCGCUCGUGGGUGGACGCCUGCUGGGAGCGCCGCGACGACCCCGCCUGCCUCGCCACUGAUGAUGCCAUCAUUAAAGAGCAUAAACUGAAGGUGUUCGCGGGCGCCCGCGUCUGCUUCAUGGGUUUCCCAGAAGAUGAGACGCAGCACAUGGCCGAGGUGCUGGCCAGCAACGGCGGCGCCGCUUGCGCCAUCGACGACCCCGACUGCACGCACGUUGUAAUGGCCAAUGGGGAGACUUUCGGUCGUUCGCUUAUCCUAUCCCCCCACUCGACGCCCACCUCCUCAGCCAAAGUGUCCCGCGCGACUCCCAACCGCUCCCAGUCCACUCCCAAGAGCUCUCUGUACCGCAGACUGUCGGCGCGGCUGUCGGGCCGGCGCUCGAGCCCCAAGCUCGACGACAAGGAUAGAGAAAGCCGUGUCCAACUUGCAAGGGAUAACAUACGGGAGAAACACGCUAUGUCCAAAGAUGAAGUCGAUAAUACCAGUAUUAUUAGUUGUAUAGGAAAAUCCUACAUCGAUGAUAUGUAUAUCAACAACGAUGUCAAUAAGAGUACGCCUAACAUAGAUGUUAUAGAAUUUCGCAAAUACAAAAGUUGCGACAAGGAAAAUAGUGAGUCUCCGGUCCAGCGCGGCGCUGCCGGUGUGCACGCGAGAGACAAACGAGAAGUGUUUAGAAAUAAGUCAAUGAACGUUUUCAAUUUAGUCGAUUGCCUCGCGGAGGCUGGAUCUCUGCAUUCCUCAUUUACGAAAAGCUUGUGCGAUUUAGACUCCAAAGAUGAAGCGGGGUUCUUACUACCGACGUCGACAGUCGGCAAGGAGCUGCAACAGUCUACUACGACAAUAUCCUCUGGCAAGAAGAGAAGCCGGAACUCUACAGACUCCAAUUUUGAAGUUAGCGUUGUCAAUGUCAACAGUUCUCCUGACAAAUGUGAAGACAGUCACUGGAAAUCUAUUAAGAGGCUUAAAAUUAAGGAUUCAUUCAAAUUUAAGAGUAGGCCCGCUAUAUUUAAGAGAACCAAAAAAGAAUCUGUCUCGAAGACUUCCGGAGAUAUAACAGUGGAGCCGGUGAGUCCGGACAGCGUGAAGCCUACAGACCCGGCCGGGGAAUUUGUGGCUUCCACGUCCUCGCCCAUACGAGAGGACGACAACGCCUCCAUCUGUUCCAUAAACACGAGCAAGCAAUCCGGUUUCUUCGAUACCUCGUUCGCCACCAAAACUGUAAAGUCGGCAUCAAAAUUGCGCAGGAGCGUAAAGUCGUUCACGGCGUCAUUCCGCAGCGAGCGCAAAAAGAAGUAUGAGAAACGGGCGGAGCGGAACACGGUGCUGGUGGACGCGUGCCACCUGCCCGACAUGAACGUGUCCACGCCCAAGCGCGCCGUGAACGAGAUGACGCUGGACAUAUCUCCCGUGCAAGUGGACACGGUGGACAGCACCGACCCCCCCACGCCGCUGAGAGGCCCCGCGGACGAGCUGGACGACUCCGCGAUAUUCAAAACGCCGCAGAGUGUGUGGCCCCCCCUCCGCGCCGCCCGCCCCGCCGCGCUGUCGCCCCGCGACGCCCGCCCGCAAUGCCACGGAACCCCGCUGCCGGUGGUGGACGAACAUAACACGGCUGCGGCGCCAGAGUGCUCCGUGCGCGUACACGUCGUGAAGGCAGAAUGGUUUUGGGCGUCCGUCCAAAACGAGGAGGCACAAGAUGAGCGGGAUUAUCUCUUCAAAGAUUACCUGGACGAGGUGUCGCGGCGGUCGUCGCUGGGCGGGGCAGCGGCGGGCGGCGGCGCGGAGGAGGAGGCGGGCGGGGCGGCGCCGGCCACAUCGACGGCGGGCAGCACGCCGGCGCAGCUGCAGCGGCUGCGCAAGCGCAAGAUCCGCGGCGGCGAGGGCGCGCUGCACAAGCGGCGCUCGUCCGUGAGCGACGCCGUGCUGCUCAGCCUGUCCGGCAACCUGCUCGACUGCACGCCCUCGCCCGACGGCAAGCAACGACUUGAAGAGUCCGAAGUGCCUGAUAAUGUGGUCCGGAAGCUACUGUCCCCUCGGCAGCAAGUUUUUAUGGAAUUACUGCAAACUGAAUCUAAUUACGUUGGGAUAUUGCACACGAUAGUCACAUUGUUCAAACAACCGUUAGAGGAAAUGACCGAGGAGGACACCAGUAAUGGGAAGAGUCAGCCGUUGCUCAAUAAUACUGAACUGAGAAAUAUUUUUGGAAACUUACCGCCUAUUUAUGAAUUACACCAGCGUAUGCUGGAAGACCUGCGGCAUACGCAGUCGCACUGGAGCGAGGAGGCCAGCAUCGGCCGCAUCGUGCUCAAGUACACGCCCGACAUGCUGAAGGCCUACCCGCCCUUCAUCAACUUCUUCGAGAACACCAAAGACAUGCUGCAGCAGUGUGAUCGUGAGAACCCAAGAUUUCAUGCAUUCCUGAAAAUCUGCCAGACUAGACCAGAGUGUGGCAGACAAAGUUUACAGGAACUCCUAAUAAGACCAGUGCAGCGAUUACCUAGCAUAAGUUUAUUACUAGACGAUAUACUGAAGCACACACACAAGAACAACCCGGACCACUGCGCUCUGGUGUCGGCGCUGGCGGGGCUGCGCGAGGUGAUGUCGCACAUCAACGAGGACAAGCGCCGCACCGAGGGCCAGCUGCAGAUGUUCGACAUCUACCACGACAUCGAGCACUGUCCCGCGGACCUAGUGUCGUCACACCGGUCGUUCGUGGCGCGCUGCGAGGUGGUGGAGCUGUCCAAAGAAUUGUCGGGAAGGGGGGACCACCUCGUGUUCUUUCUGUUCACUGACACUAUGGAAGUCUGCAAGAAACGAUCUAAGGCAUUUAACAGUAAGAGUCCUACGAACGGCACCAGCACGAUGCGGUCCAGCAAGCCGUACCGCCACAUCCAGCUCAUGCCGCUCAGCACCGUCAAGCGGGUCGUGGACAUCCGCGAGGCUGAAGACUGCCACAACGUGUUCGCGCUGAUGUGCCGCAACAACCAGGAGCUGAAGGAGCAGCUGUACUCAUUCAUGAUCACCGACGACGCGGUCGACAAGCAGACCUUCCUGCGACAGCUGUGUCGACAGAUGGCCAACACUGUCUGCAAGGCUGAUGCUGAUAAAUUUCUGGCGAGCCUAGAGUCUCACCAGCUGGACAUCGACACCAGCGACCUCGCGCUCAGCACACUCUCCAAAGUCUCAAAGUUCGCCGCACGCACCAGAAUAAAGCUGGAGGCGCUGGCGGGGCUGGGCGGCUGGCUGCGCGCGGAGCCGGCGGCCGGCCUACUAGACACAUGGGUAUUGCGCGCUCACUUACUCGCACAGGUGGGGCGAGCGCUGUCGUUCAACAAGACGCCGUCGAAGCUGAAGCGCGCGAUGUCGUCCAUGAUCUCCCCGUUCGGGUCCAACUCCAACCUCAACACGCCCGCCUCCCAGCUCGCGCAGAUGAGGCUCGCCAGCUGCAAUAAUAUCAAUGAGAUGGGCGGUCACGGCGGCGGCGGGUCGGGCGCGGUGCUGGUGGCGCCGCUGUCCGUGCAGCCCACGCGCAAGGCGGGCGCCGCGGCCGCGCUGCGUCGCUUCUGACGGCGACACACCUCUAGUCUCACCACGCUACACGCCGCCCUACUCACGCAUUAGAGCCGUGCCCCAUUGCUCUCUGUCGAGUGGAUGUCCGUCGACGGAUCGACGCAGAAUAACGUAGACAUUGAAGUUUCGACGUACGUCAUUGUCAAAAUCUGUUUUGAAGAAAACAACGGAGCUACAUCGUGCUGCGUCGUCGCAAAGGAGCACGAAUGAGCAAUGGGGCAUGAUUCUUAGUUGGCGCGUUUAUAUUGCCUUUUGCAGCUCUAAGGCGUCAAACAUAUCACGGAUUGCAAUGGCUGAUGAACGGACACUGCAUUGCGUGGACAUGAUUGUCUUUUAGUUCGAUGCGUAGAUUGAUGGCUGCUCAGCGCACCUACAGUCUAUAAAGAGAAGAAAACUGAUUUUGAUCAUGCUUUAUUUUUUGCUAUAUGGUCUAGAUUGGCUGAUAUACACCCAGUGUUGCCAACCAAGAGGACACAGCGCCUUCAUUUAUUUUCUAUUCUAUAUAGAUUGUAACGUCUACCAGCGACGAAAUGUAUCUCGACUGGCCAGAUCAGUUUACGCAUCAAAAUUCGCAGCAAAUUAUUUCGUCGUAGACAUAUCUCUUCUCUGUGCUUUUGGCUCACGGCUCGCGAGUACAAUUUCGACGAUAUCUCUGAAAAAGGAACUGAUUUUGAAAACUGAGAUGUCGAUGGAAAGUACCUCGUUUUGUGUAAUGAUGUGGAUUCGAUCAAGAUCUAUUUACUGGUACCAGUGACGAUACUAUGAUAAACGAAUAUAGACAGGGAUGCGGCAAUGAAAAUAUUUAUUGAUUUUGAAAUGGAGAAAUACAGCCGUCGUUUUGUACGAGUGCUAGGAGUGCCUUCACGUGAAAGAGAUUGAUAUUAAAUGUGUUGGUCUUUAUUAAAUUAUUCGAUAGUAUUAUAUAAUUGUUACAAUGAACGGCUUCUAAAAAUAGAAUAUUAUUAUGUUAGAUUAUAAUUAAGCCUUGUAAUUAAUAAACGAUUGUAUUUUAUGUGUAUAUGGCAAAAAGAAAUUGCUUAAUCAUGGGAAUUAUAUUUGUUUACAACGUCGUCUUACACAUAAAAUAUAAUCGAUCGAUUCUGCUAAUCCCCAUUGGGAUGGACAUGCAACAUGCCAGUCUCAAUCGGGAUCAGUUUAUUUGUCAAUGAUGUAAAUAGAUAUCAAGCUUAUGUGUCACACAGUAAUGUUUAUUGAUAUUAUUGAGAUACUCUAAAAUAAUAUGUACAUAUUGUGAUAUUUUAAUUUAAUCAAUGAGUAGGCAUCAUAGUUUAAUGUUGUAUACUGUGGCGGAUCGCUGCCAACUAAACGAACCUUUUCGAAUAUUUUUACCAGAGUCUCACUACAGUCAUAUGUACCCGGCUAUCAUGUGUACGCAUAUGUUCAGGCAUUGUACAAAGAUCUAUAUUUAUAAAAUUUUAAAUGAUUGAUUAGAUACAAUAAACUUUUAUUUUCAAUCGAA